UCUUCUUCUUCUUUCCUUUUGCGUUAUUCACCAUUACAGAGGAUCAAUUCAACACACAUUUUUCUUUCUUUCGCUCGUCAUUUAACAUGGCACGAUCAACACUCAUGCUUGGAAGAAGCUUCGCAGUACCCGAAAAUGAAGGAAGAAUCAAUAUAGGCAGAAAUCAAGGAAGAAACAGAGAACCCAGAAAUGAAGAAAGAAACAGAGAACCCAGAAAUCAAGCAAGAAACAGAGAAUCCAGAGGCGAAUAUCAUCAGAAACCCAUCUCAAAAACUUGCCCCAAAAACUCCCAUGAAAGCCCCAUCGCUAAAACGAUAAUAUUAUUUGGGGGUUUGCGUAGCAGGGCAACUGCACCAAUUGCUGAUUGUCAAUCCAAGAAGAAGAAGAAACAAAAGAUGAGAAUGAAGAACCUUAAAUUUGUUGAUGGAGAUUCAACUUUUUCCACCCACACUAGUUGUUGCAGAAAAGGAAGAAAAGCAAGUUACUCGUGUAUGGCUUCUUCUUUUGAUGAUUUUGUUGUUUCAAGAACACCCCAUCCUCCUCGAGGGAGAGUUGAUAUUGACAAUCAGGAAUUGGUGGAACCGGGGAUUGAAUUGGAUUUGUGAGUACAAGAUUCAAAGAAGACGAGAUAACUCAAUGUGUUAGGAGAACUAAGCCCUUCUCUUUUAUCUCAUUUACGCACAGAAGUGGAGAAGAAGUGUAGCAUUUGUCAGGAAGAAUAUGAGGCUGAUGAUGAUAUGGGCGAGCUCGGUUGUGGACACUUGUAUCAUAUCGAUUGCAUAAAACAAUGACUGAUGCACAAAAAUAGAUGUCCUUUCUGUAAAACUGCCGCCAUGUCAUUUUGUUGAUUUUGUAUAUAGCCUUUGUGUGUGCAUAUCCUGAAACAGAUGGCUCUUUUCUUUCUGUCCAAUGUGAGAUUAAACAAUCUUCAAUCGUACAUUAGUCCUACAAGAUGAUGAAU